GCUAUAUGGAAGAAAUCGGGUCAAUCGGAGGAGAAGGUCACAAAGAAAAGGGGAAAAUUUGUCCAUAAUUAGGGUGGGGAUACUUCAUUCGUGCAAUUUCAACCUCUCUGUCUCUCCUGAUGUGCUGAAGAACCGUCCAAAUGAUGAUGACGUAACGAUCACAACAAUAGUGACAUAAGGUGCCAUCUAUCAGUGCAAUAGUGAUUCAUACCAUCCACCUCUCGGGAGGAAACUAUGCCGAAACGCAAAUUUGAUGAAGUUGAAGUCGGCUCGGGUGACAUCUCUACUGAUGAUGUCAUAAAUGGUGAUAUCACACAUAAUGAUGUCACAAAGUAUAAAGUUCAAAAUGGUGAUAUCACACAUAGUGAGGAGAAAAGUUGCAAUAGUAGUAUUUUGAAUGGAAGUGUCAUAAAUGGCGAUAUCACAAAUAGUGAUGUUACAAAUAGUGACAUCACAAAUGGCAAUAUUGUGAAUGGUGGUAUAUCACACAAGGAGAAUGCUCAAGAAACAGAUGACAGCUGUAGAAAUAGUGCAAUACCUGACAAGCCUAGAGAGGAAAUCACUUCAACUGAAACAGAGCCUGUCAAUGCCCCAAAGAAGAAGAGAGGUGUCAAGUUCAAUGGGGUCACUGUGUACUACUUCCCGAGGUCCCAGGGAUUUACGUGUGUGCCAAGUCAGGGUGGCUCCACCUUAGGGAUGGGGGACAACCAUGUGACUGUUGAGAAUUUUUCACUGAAGGAGUAUUCUCAGAGCCAACGCCAGCUCCACAAACGAAUCCUACAGGAGCAGAAACUGCAGGGAAAAUUACUCCACACCUCUUUACUCACGAGCAGUAUCCUUGCACAGUCUGCCCUAGAGGAGGAGACCAUAGCAGCAGAAGCUGAAAUAGAAAGUAGUCCGGAAGAAAAUAAUUCCAAGGCUAAGGAUACAGCUGAUGAUGUGAGUGAAAAGGAUUCAGAUGAUAACAUGGAACGUGAUGAGGAUGAUUCCUGUAGCGAUUCAAGUAGCGAUGAAUCUGAUGAUGAUCUCAAUGUCGAUGAUUAUUAUUUUCUCACUCCAGUACCUACCCGGCAACGUCGUGUAUUACUCCGUACUGCAGGCAUUAAGAAAAUAGACUCCUCAGAAAAGGAGGAAUGUAAAGAUAUUAGAAUAUCGCGCGAGUCUUGUGGAUGUGACUGUAAGGGAUUUUGUGACCCAGAGACCUGUCUGUGUGCGCUAUCAGGGAUUAAAUGUCAGGUUGAUCGCUUGUCAUUUCCUUGUGGAUGUACUAAAGAUGGCUGCGGAAAUCUUAAAGGGCGUAUUGAAUUUAACCCUAUUCGAGUAAGGACUCAUUUUAUACACACUCUGAUGAGACUCGAGCUUGAGAAGAAACAGCGUGAGUCACAGGAAAUCAGGAGGCGGAAUCGGCAUGUUCGUUUCCAAGACACAAGCAGUGAGGAAGAAACACCUGAGAAAGUUAACAAAUUUGAAGAUGUUUCCGAGUAUAAUAGUAAUGAAAUGGGAAGCUGUAGAGACUGUCAGAAUUCAGAAGUGAAUAAUGUGGUAAUGCGUGAAGUUACCCAGUAUCAGUCCAACAUGGAGGUGGAAACAAGUAUCUCAAACAAUGAUUUCUCUGCAUUGCAUUAUAAGCAGCAGGAUGAGAGCUCCAUUGCCAACCAGGCAAAAGAAGCCAAUGAUUCAGUACAGCGCGUCAUGAUGUUUAAUGAUAGCGAUGAGGAGAAAGUGUCUGAUAGCAGUGCCAUCUAUGCUUUUACUGGUGAAGAGAGUUCGUAUUCAGAGAGCAGUGAUUGUUCUAGUGAGGGAAGUGUCUCUUACGAGGAACAUAAUGGGUACCAUAACAACUAUGAGACUUUCAAUGCUGAUGGCACCACCACAAGCGGUUACUGCAUUCCCUCUACGACAGUUGGUUACCAAUCAGCGAGAUCACAACAGGAGCAGAAAUACAUGGACGUCAACAACUCCACAAACUCCAUGUUCAAACUGGAGCCAAUAUCAGAAAUUCUCAACCCCAUUCGCUAUUCUAACUACACCACAGAUGGUCAGUCAUGGUCCAAUAAUUCAGAGUCCUUUUAUUCGUAUGGUUCAAAUGGAGGCAUGAGCAAUGGUAACUAUGGUACCAGUUCAGGCACACGAGCAGAUACAACUCAGUAUCCUUUUCCCGCCACUGACCAAACUGUACCGUCACAAGUCCAUCAUGUGCAAUCUAGUCACACACCUGUUCUUAGCCAAUCAGCUGUAAAUGGUUGCCAUAGUAGCAACACAAACAGCACUUGCCUCAGUCAAUCAAAUAUCAGUACCCAGUAUAACGACACCUCCGUGACCAACCAGACCUUUACAGAAUCAAAUUCCAACGGCAUUACCACCACUUACACAAACCUGAAUCAGGUCCAGUCUAGCACUCUCACUGGCUACAAUAUGUGUCCCCAGACCACCUCUUCCACACAGCCAUACCACGAAACAACCCUCACAUGCCUCGAUAAUUGCUCCAGCACAAUGGGCUCCACCCCUAAUAAUAAUGCCCCUGUAGAAGUAAAUGCUAAGGAGGGCCCUGUUAAGUUAACAAGUCUCAGUAAUGUCCUAGUCAGUUCAAGCAGUGAUCCUUCCAAGUCAGCCAGGGACUCUAACUUCUCUCACACGUUGGAUAAUCACAAUUACAGUGAUAGCUCAUUGGAGUCUGGUUCUAUAGGGUUGGGUUGUCAAUCAAGUGUUGGGGGCGGAGACUUCCAGUCAGGGUGUGGCGACUACCAGGCAGAGAGUGGCCUGGGGAGCAGCCGCAUGAGUGAUUCUAGUUCUGACUCCGCCCAUUCAGAUGGUUUACCUUCUUCAAAGAGUAGUUUUGUUGACAGUUCAAGUGAUAACUUCUCUCCAGCAUCACCAGGGGCCCAGGAUUUUGGUGAAAUUAUCAAAGAGUCAAUUGUUGAAACUGUCUCAGCUUAAUUGUGUAAGAUUUGUACCCUCAUAAAAAUCUCAGAGGUAAUCUUGGUUCAGUUAAUCUACAUUUCAUCUCCAGGUAUGUUUGAUUUAUGUGUUGGGCAACAAGCAGGAGGUACUUGUUCAUGAUAAACACUGAUGAAUCAUUUGCAAUUUGUCUAUUAGGAUCUGUUAUGAAACUAUGCUUUGAAUGACUUUGAUAUUUCAAUUCAUAAUUGAACUGGAGGAUGUGUUUUUUGGGAGUUAACAUUUAUAAAGUGAGAUGUUUUUAUGCUGAUGCAGUUUAAAAUUUGAUUUCUUGUCUGGUUGGUUACAAUGUAUUGCAUGAUAUUUUAUCAUUGAACUAUUGAAUGAGUUGCUCAAUAUGUUGAUCAUUGAUUAAAUUGUUUGAGAUGUUAUCUUUGAAUGAGUUGUUCAAGAUGUUAUUCAUUGAGUGAACUGUUCAAGAUGUUAUCUUUGAAUGAGCUGGUUGAGAUGUUAAUCAUUGAAUAUACCAACUGAGAUGGUAUCUUUGAACGAACUGCUCAAGCUCUGGAUUAGACACAUUUCUGAUCUUAGACCAAAUACAGCUGAGACCUGGGGGCUCUCUCUUUUCUUUUAUCUUUUCUUCAUUGUCAACUGGUUCAGAAAUGAUGUGAAAUUUAUUCAUUUGGAGAGAAAUAUUGAUGGGAUAUGUUCAUAUUACGUUGCACAACAAUGCAUGUUACAUCUAGUUGGGUUUGAAAUAUCCACAUUGACAAUCCAAGUGCAUAUCUAAGUGGUGGUAGAUUUCUACAUUACCUCUGCGGUGCUUUGUAAAACGUGUUUAUGAGAAUGUAUUUGUGAGAAAUGAGUUCUUGCAUUGUUGCAAUCAACUUAAAGUGUAACUGUUCAUUUACACUCAAUCUUAGAUGGCAAGCAUGCCACAAUGACACUAUUUUGAAUAAGAGUUAUUUAUUUUUGAAGAAAUCGCAAUACAGCAGGAGAAAGAGAGGUGGGCAAUGAGCAUGCAUUUAUACUUGAAUCUCUAAAAAUCACACAUUUGUGUUUUUUAGCAAUUUGUGCUAUUUUUAUUUAAAAGCCACGACUGAAAUGUCAUUAAACAUAUACAAAGAAGAGAAUCUACAAUUUUAUAAAGAUUUGAGAACAAUAAUUGUGCAAGGUGUUAUUGAGUUACCACGGUAACCGAGAUACCAAAUGUGUUUAGUAGUUACCAUGACAACCAUGGAAAAUCAUGUAUAUUGGUUCUGUGAAAAUGUAGUCAAUUAUAUACAACACAAGAUAUGUUCUGCAUUUAUAUCUGAAGUCUGGUUCAAUCAUGACAAAAUGUAGAAAUCCCAUGUUAUAUUUAACGCCAGGGAUUCUCUUGAUUCUGUUCUUAAUCCAUAGAGUCGAGAUAAGUUACCACUUUGAAUGGUCAUCACAGUAUGUAUUGUCAAUUGUUUAUUUAUUGACAUGUACAGAAUUGACUUGUUUGAAAAAUGAAAUUAAUUUGUAUAUAUAGAUUUAAUUCUAAUCUUAUGACAUAUUAGUUUAAUUAUGAUGUUAAGAAAAAUAGGCGCAAAUCAGGGUAAAUAGGAUGGAUGAACGCCAUUUGAAAAUUUUAAAUCCAUAUAUGUACAACUUGUGUACUGUUCAAUUGUGUGGUUGCUCUAUUUACAUACACUCUAAAGCAUAGCUUCAAAAAUGUAUCAGUUUGAGUAAAAUUGUGUUCAUUUACUAGAGGCUAUGCUGAAGAAUGUAUUAUGGUUUUAGUACAGGCAAGUUACAACAAAGAUCAUGAGAUUUUUCAUUCAUUGUACAGAUAAUGCAUCAUACAAAUCGGUUCAAGUUUGAAUAUACGAGUGGUGCAUUGUCUUUAUAACUUUGACUGAAUAACUAUUGUAAUCAGGUGUCUAUAAACGAUAAUAUAAUACAUGUUGUAUCUUUUUUUCAUGAAUUCAAAAUUGCCCGAGGAAGUCAUGUGGCACUAUUCAAUCAUAUCGGUGAAAAACUGUAAAAGCCUGUGUAUGUGUUAGUGGAAUAUCUUUGACAACAAAAAAGUGUUCCACAUAGGAUGUGUUCCACUUAUGUUAUUCAGCUAUACAGAUUUUACUUUUCUUCAUUGAUUAUAAAUAGUUGGGGUUUUCCCAAGCCUCUAACCAUUGUGCUCAUAUUGACUAUUUUUGAAUACAAAAUGUUCUCAGUCUCAUUCAAUUCAAUUCACAAAUAGACCUAGUAGAAUGUUUUAGUUGAAUAUUCUUGAUAAAUAUAGUCCUGUACUUCAGUGUACAUGUACUCGUAUUUAUUUUAACAAACUAGUACUAUUGCGUAUGUGUGGAUGUAUUUUAUUUAUAAAACAGCCGAAUGUGACAAUUUUGUGACAAUACUGUUGGUUGAAAUUCCCAACAUUGGUAUAUUCUAAGUUGUUGUGUUGACUUUUUGUGAAAGUCAGGCUCUGGUAGUAGAGUCUGUGCUUUGACUUGUAAUAUAUAUUUGUAGCUCCAUUAUAUUCAAAAUAGUGUAGAAAAUAGAAAUAGUCCGUAGAUUGGGGAUCGAUCAUUUUCUCUCUGAUGUACAAUAAUGAGAAGAAAUAACUGCCUACAUGACAUGCAGAAAUCUGAAGACAAUGCUCGAUCCCAUAUAAAUAUCAUAUGCUAUAUUGUAUAAUAUAUUUAUGAAAUAUCAUAAUAGUAAAUGUAAAUGUGAAGUGAACUUCAACUAUUUAUGAACUGGUAAAAAUUGUGUACAGUAUAUCACAGUUCAAUUAAUUUUAUUUCGAAGUAGUUGUAGAGUCAUAUUAUGAAUAUAUCUCAAUGAAUUAUUUAUUGUAAAUUUAUGUCCCCUUAUUUGGUAGUAUUAUAAUAUGUGAAUGGAUAGGAGCCAUGGGGUUUUAGACAAUAUAGCUUUAACUUAUUUGUAGUAAAGGUUAUUAACUUUCAAGAAUUCAAUGUCGAUCAUAUGAUGAAGGGGGCAAAAUUUAUAUAAGAAAAUGAAGGCCAUUUUUCCUAAUAAGGGCUAUUUCUAAAAGUAAUCCUUGAGACCCAUUUUGACAAUUUGGCUCUAUUGAGGCCCAAAAUCCCCCCCCCCCAUAUUCCCUAAUGUAUACAAAGUGUUAAUGCCAUAUUCAUUAAAGGAGUCCUCUGGCGAAAACAUAUGAUCCACAUUGACUUUUAGGGAGAAAUAUUUAUUAUUAUACACAUUGAUAAAUUAUACCAUUUCUAUAAAAGUCUUAUAAGUGAACUGAACAAUGAAUUUUAAAGGCAAUUAAAAAAGGUGCUCUUAGAAUGAUGUACAUUUUUGCAAUAUCUCAAAUCUCAUGCAAUAGUUGUACCAGAUAUUAGACUAAAAUUCGCAAGAUUUGACCCUGCCAGGGGGGUUUAUCUUGGUAUAAGGUCUCUCUAUUUAUAACAUCAAGUGAAUAUUUAGUCUGUACAGAUAGCAAUAUUGUCAAUAAUAUAUCACUAUAAUUAAUUAGAGUUAUAUAGUAGUACUCUGUUAAAUAGAGUUAAGAAAAUUACUGUGAUUCAUCUUUGUCAGAAUUUGAACUUUUUGCUACGAGGAAUAAAUAAGUAUUUUGGAAUAUUUAGGCUAUAAAUGAAGCCAAUUAAUUUAGUAAAUCAGAAAUUUUACAUUGUUUCAAUUUUAAAAAUGACUGAUUGAUUUGAUUCCAGAAGAGAAAGGCUACACAAUGUACACAUUAUUGAUUCGACUUCCAUUUUUAAUUCUAAUGUUAUGAAAAGAAAAACAUUAUUUGUAGCUGCUACAGUUUUUAUAUUGAUUCAGCUUGUUUUGAGUACAAUGAACUUGAAUAACCAGAAAUAAAUCUUAACAUAUAUGUUGCAGUAAAUCAAUUUUCUCUGUUCAGGGGAGUAACCUUACUGUAACUCCAGAAAUCGAAGGGCAAUUUAAAAUCUCACUUCAGUAUUGGAAUUAUCAUUUACAAAGUUACCAUAGCAACCAAAGAACAUCCUAUCUGUGUAACAUCAUUAAUAUUUAUGUCUAUGUGAAUGGCUUCUGUGCAAUAAAAUACAUGGAAACUGA